CUCCAUACCUGCAAUCUAUGCAGCACUAGUGGCAGAAGGGACGAACAUCCUUCCUCGCCGGCAGCGUCCUCUACCGACCAUGGAUACGGUGCUAUCGGAGUUUGUUCGCCAGACCGGCAUAGACCCCGGUCUCGGACAGGAUCUCCUCGAUGCGCAAAACUGGGACCUGCAGAGCGCGCUGAAGGCGUUCCGCCAGCUCAGCAACGAGGAUGGCGACGCCCGCCAGGGGUCGCCGGUGAUGAACGGCGAGCACGGCGGUGACGCGUCGUCACCUGAGGUCGACGUUAUCGAAGCGCCGAAUUGCGUCGCCGCGGCAAUCACCGUCGCCGACGACGACGAGUUUUUUGCGAACAAGAAGCUCGCGCGCGGCAUCUCGCGCGCCGUCGACAAUGUACGGCUGGUGUCGCGUGCGCGGACGGUGGUGGCACGCGAGAUCGAGGAGAGCGCGAUCGACAGCCUCGGGAAGGACAGCCCCGUCUACACGUUCAUUAUCCCGGACAUCACGGGAUUCGCCGACGAGUUCCGCGCGUUCCUCGAAAAGGACCUGAUUGAGACGUCGACGUUGGUCUCGCUCGAGCAGGGCGGCCGACUCAACUGGUGGGCAGACGCAGGUGUGAGUCAGCGUCUGUAUCCGCUCGUAACGACGGGCGACGGCAACUGUCUGUUGCAUGCGGCGUCUCUCGGCAUGUGGGGCUUCCACGACCGCCUGCUCACGCUCAGGAAGGCGCUCUACGCUACGCUCACCAAUCCCAGGUUUACGGACGCCUUCUACCGCAGAUGGCGCUAUCAGCAGUCGGUGCAGAACCUACAGGCAGGACUGGUUUACUGUGAAAGCGAGUGGGAGCGCGAGUGGGAAAGCAUACUCAAGCUGGCUUCGACCGAGCCGCGCUCAGGGACGCUGCGAAAGAUGAGUGCGUCGUCGAAGACGGGCGGCGCAGCUCUGUCUCCAACUUUGGAAUCUUCAGUGACGUACGAGAGCCUUGAGGAGUUUCAUGUGUUUGUUCUCGCUCACGUUCUCCACCGUUCGAUCAUCGUCGUCGCAGACACAAUGCUGAAGGAUGCGACAGCACUAGUGGCAGAAGGGACGAACAUCCUUCCUCGCCGGCAGCGUCCUCUACCGACCAUGGAUACGGUGCUAUCGGAGUUUGUUCGCCAGACCGGCAUAGACCCCGGUCUCGGACAGGAUCUCCUCGAUGCGCAAAACUGGGACCUGCAGAGCGCGCUGAAGGCGUUCCGCCAGCUCAGCAACGAGGAUGGCGACGCCCGCCAGGGGUCGCCGGUGAUGAACGGCGAGCACGGCGGUGACGCGUCGUCACCUGAGGUCGACGUUAUCGACGCGCCGAAUUGCGUCGCCGCGGCAAUCACCGUCGCCGACGACGACGAGUUUUUUGCGAACAAGAAGCUCGCGCGCGGCAUCUCGCGCGCCGUCGACAAUGUACGGCUGGUGUCGCGUGCGCGGACGGUGGUGGCACGCGAGAUCGAGGAGAGCGCGAUCGACAGCCUCGGGAAGGACAGCCCCGUCUACACGUUCAUUAUCCCGGACAUCACGGGAUUCGCCGACGAGUUCCGCGCGUUCCUCGAAAAGGACCUGAUUGAGACGUCGACGUUGGUCUCGCUCGAGCAGGGCGGCCGACUCAACUGGUGGGCAGACGCAGGUAAUGGCAGUCAGUUGCAUGUGCCAGCAGUAAUUGCUGACGUCACGAGCCCGCCAAGGAGCAAGAAUUAA